AUGAGCUAUGUGGAUGGAACUGCAGAAAUCGAUGCUGUGACAAAGUUGCUUGGUGUCAAAUCCACUCGCCUUAACGAAGCACUUACUCAGCCAAGCAUUAAAGUAGGAGAAAAUGUAAUAAGGAAGAAUCAAAAUAUGCAAAAGACAGUCUACUCUGCAGCAGCGCUAGCUAAAGUACUGUAUGAACGCGUAUUUCGAUGGCUUCUGGAAAAAUGCAACGAGGCGAUCAGUGAGAACACAAAAAUGAUCACCGAAUCGAUCUACAACCGUUUCAUUGGAGUUCUCGAUAUCGCCGGUUUUGAAAUCGUUCAGAAUAACUCUUUCGAGCAGUUAUGCAUAAACUAUACCAAUGAGAAAUUGCAAGCCUUUUUCAAUCACUUUAUGUUCGUUCGGGAACAAAGCGAAUACCUGGAGGAAGGAAUACGUUGGAUUCAAACUGAUUAUGCGCUUGAUCUGAAACCAACGAUUGAUAUUAUCGAGAAGCCGCUGGGAUUACUAUCGCUAUUGGAAGAGGAAUGUGUGGUACCAAAUGGGUCUGAUCAUUCUUUGCUCCAGAAGCUUUGCACAAAUUUGGCGAAGUAUCCCGAGUUCAAGAAGGCUAAACAUUCACAAAGGUGCCAAACUGUAAGACAUUUCACCAUCAAACACUACGCGGGUAGCGUUGAUUACAACAUCGACUCAUGGGUAGAGAAGAACCGGGAUGUUGUCGAAAAUGCCGUGUUAGAAGUGAUGGGCGACUCAACGAAAUCGCUUGUAAAGAAGCUUUUUCCACCAGGUAACAACUUUGCUAAAAACAACGAAAUAAAUCACUUUCACGGUCUCUUGCCGCACUAUUUACGAGUGUUACCUAUCAGAGCUCAUUAAUC